CAUCAACCACGACGACAUGAAGCUCUCGCACCUCCCUCAAUCCCUUUACCUGCAGCAGCUCGACAAAAGAUAACAUCACCCCGCAAUGGCACCCAACUGGACGCACCUGAUCCGCUUCAUCGCCAAGGAAGACGGCCAAAUCCACCUGGGCCAGAUCGACCCCAGCGCAUACCCCGACGUCGGUCUCGCGACCUUUGAGGGCAAAGACGUCGCUGCGAAGCUCGUGCACGGCUCGCUGUUCGAUGGCGUCGUGACGGAGCGGACGCUGCACGUUGCGCAGCUGCUGUCGCCCAUCUCCUACGACCAGGUCCCGCUGGUGCGGUGCAUGGGUCUGAACUACCACGAUCACGCCCACGAGGCCAAGAUGCCCAUCCCCGACACGCCCAUCCUCUUCAUCAAGCCGCGCACGACCAUCAACGGGCCCUUCCCAGCCAAGAUCAACGUGCCGGCGAUCGCGCAAGACGGCUCCAGCGACUACGAGUCGGAGCUGACGUUCAUCAUCGGCAAGGACGGGCGCGACAUCCCGGAGGACAAGGCCCUGGACUACGUGCUGGGGUACACGUGCGGCAACGACGUCAGCGCGCGCACGCAGCAGUUCAAGAACUCGCAGUGGUGCUUCUCGAAAGGUUUCGAUGGUUCGGCGCCCGUGGGCCCGGUCAUUGUCUCGUCGGCUGCCAUUGGCGACCCGCACAAGCUGCGCAUAAAGGGCAUCCACAACGGCAAUGUGGUGCAGGACUCGAACACCAGCGAAAUGAUCUUCAACAUCGCCAAGAUCGUGUCGUUCCUCUCCACCGGCACCACCCUGGAGCGCGGCACCGUCAUCAUGACGGGCACGGGCCCCGGCGUUGGCGCGAUGAGAGACCCCAAGGUCAUUCUCCGGGACGGCGACGACAUGAGGGUGGAGAUUGAGAAGAUUGGCACUCUCAUCAACCCCGUUUUCUACGAGAAGUAGACGCACUCGGGUAGAAGUAAGCGAGCUUGAGGCCAUUCCGUGACGGCCAGAGAAGAUACACCUGCGUCCAUCACCAAAGCACAGACCCGUAGACGAACGUCCUGGUCCAUGAAUCAACAGUCCAUUCUCUCGACGUGUGCCAUCUCUUUCUAGCUACGGAUAACGAGCCAUUCACUUCCCGA